UCACAGCACUCUCAAGAGCGUCAGUACGCUCCCGUCUCACAAGGAUUUUGACAGACAGAGCAGCGUAUCGCCUCCUGUGCUUGUGUAUUGUAUAGUAUCUCUAGUGUGCGCCCAAAUACACAAAAGACCUGCAAAGUCGCUGAACAUUGGAUACCUUUUAGUGACGGAUACCCACUCAACAAAGAUCGAUGGGAUAGCCUACAUUGAUGAUUUGGAGAUUUGGUAAUAGUUGCACUGCCACCGCGUAAUGGCAUGACGCACGGAGAUGCAAUGUUGAAAAUACUUUAUCCUCAGUUGCGGUGAAGUCGAUUUUGACGCGCAGAGGUCACAGCAAGAGUUUUUUUUAACCUGAACUAUACCUGUGGAAAAACAACAUGUAUCAAAUACAAAAAAAAACUGUUCUGAAUGCAAGAACGCCAUCGAGUUCCAAGUUCUGAGCGAGGGACACUGUAUGAAUGUGAGACGCAACGUUUCCAUACCAAGAACAUUGCCGAGCUGCGGUUCUAUAUCCAAAACAUAACUUGUAUCUUGGAACAUUUUUGUUUUAACAUUUUAUUGUGAAAUAAUCCUGGAAAAGCCUUAAGGUUAUGCGCGUUCCUGGCGCUUUGUAUACUCUUAUUUGUAUCAAUGUUAGGAGGCAAGACUGAGCAAGUCCGAGUAUGGGGGAAGAAACAUCACAUAUAACCUGAAUCAAAUCUAAUAACAUUUUAUUGGUCACAUACACAUAUUUAGCAGAUGUUGUUGCGGGUGUAGCGAAAUGCUUGUCUUACAAACCUCAUAUUGCCUUGGGCCUAUUUGCUCAGCGGUGGGAAAUAAAUGUCACUAACAAUGCAUGAAACUUAAGACGUUGAGUCACCUGUAACUCAUCAUACAUGACCCAAAGCCUCUCUGCUCCAUUAUGUUUUUAUGACCCCCCUUCUCUCUCUCACACACACACACACACAGAGAAAAUAAUGUGUGUUAAUGUAAUUGUUUGUUUGAACUGAUAAAGCAUUGUUUGACAUUUCCACAGAUGUGCUCAUCAUGAAAUAAUCAACGGAAUUAUCCCACAAGAUUGCAGCAUAAAUAUUUUGGGUGAAACUGAAAGGAUUUGGUGGAGAGCAGAACAGAAAGGCUUGGCCGCAUAGGGGGAGGCGCCUUUCGUGCUCUCCUGAAACCAAAGCCUUUGAAGAUUAUUAUUAUUUUUUUAUUUUUUUACUUCAAGGAAAGAGGACAUAACCUGAAAAGUUGGACGCAUGAGAAUUAUGUACCUUUAAAGGACAUCGUUGUGUGAAUUUUCACCGCCAAGCCAUGCUCCACAGCCGACCAGGAGCUUGCUGGGGGAAAGUGUCUGACCUCACUGGCGCGCACGCAGAUUGGACUAAAACGCAUUGGAUAGCAGGUGGGCCAAGAUGGAGGACGAGGAGGAGGGACAGAUCAGGGGUGACCACCAGACCAUCAGCAGGUGCACCUUACCACCUGAGGAAUAUGAAGGUGCUGCUGUGGGUGGUUGUCUCUCUGCUGCCCCUGUUGGAGGGGGCCCGUAUGGGCGCUGGUUUGGAGGCAGACUCUGUCCAGGCUGUGGGACUGGUGGGAGGGAUGGGGGAAAGGCAGCUCCCAGACACUCUACCUGAGGUGGAUGAGGAACAAGAGGAGAAGAGGGACCCGUACUCCCCCUGGCAUGGCCUCUAUGACCUCUCUGUGAUGGACGAAGCGGACGACCACCCUAGUGGCCGGUGGGGGAGACGUUCCCCUCGCAACUCAGACGCCGAACCAAAAGGCUCGGCCAAGAAAAAGAAGAGGAGGAAGAAGAAAGAGAGGGAUAGAAAGGGCAAAGGGAAGGGCCGGCAGCCCCAGCAGAGCAGCCCAGACUGCAGGGUGGAGAAACGAGAGAUGCGGGUGCGGGACUUGGGCCUGGGCUUCGACUCGGACGAGAUCGUCCUCUUCAAGUUUUGCGUGGGCUCCUGCCAGUCGUCCAGGACCAACUACGACCUGGCUCUAAGGGCCCUGAUGGAGGACGGGUCCCUGCCGCGGAGGACCUCCCGGCGAGUCAGCGCCCACCCCUGCUGCCGGCCCAACAGCUACGAGCCUGUGUCCUUCAUGGACGCCCAGACCGCGUGGCAGACCAUCCAGUCGCUGUCGGCGGCCAGCUGCAUGUGUAUGGGCUGAGGGAGCCAACUUGGAGGAGGGAGAAUAGGAGGGGGUGGUGACUGGCUGUCACUCACCCCUGCCUGAGAAUAUACAGAUGGUGGCUCGCCGUUGAGGCUGGGUCUAGGGAGAGCCUCUGGGUUCUGGAAGGGCAGAAGUGGUCGCUCCGAAACAUAUGCAGCAGGGCUGGUACCCAGUACAAAGCAGAAUGGAGAUUCUGUAGUGUCUUUGAUGGUGGAGCGAGGCCACGCCUCUUCCCGUUGUCCAUUCCCUGUUGAGGAUAAGUGGAUUUGUUGGCAAUGGGAAACUGUCAUGAGCGAAUGGCAAGACGGUGACCACACAAUGGUGGGAUUUGAAUAUUCACAGCAGUUGGGAUAUGUAUAAGACUGACCUGGGGUACUGCUGAAAAUUUGCAUUUGAACACAGGUCGACAAGCUCAAAACACUUUUAACAAUGUCAACAUAUGUUAAUUCCUUCAAAACAGGGAUCUUCCAUACCAUAAUUGCAUUUUUCAGUGUUGACUUGAACCCUACCAAAUGGAUGCCAUGCAUCUCUUUGAGUUACUGUAUUAUAACCAACAUAUUUAUCACAAAUAAGUUAUUUAUUUAUUAUUGUUUCAUAUGAGAUGGACUGUAGAGUUAUAUUUAUUGUCAUGAUCACACAUCCCAUGGGUUGUGUUGCUGGGUCCUUUGUCAUUGAAUUGUGUGGGAUGUUGUUUUGAAACAUCAAAAAGAUCAGAACAAGUGGCAAGAACCUCAACCAGGGUUGGGGGUGUAACCGAUUACAUGUAACGGAUUACAUUUUUAUAAACUGUAGUCCGUUACGUUAACAGCAAAAAUAUUGUUAUCAGAUUACAGAUACUUUUGAAAAAACAAAAUGAUUACUUCUAGGAUUACUUUUACCCCAUUCACGUCCUUGUACUUUAUUUAGUACAAUAUCAAAAUACACCACUGAACAAAUUCUGUUUGGUGUAAAUGCAUGAAAUGUGGUGUCAACAUAGUUACUUCAAGUGUCUAGACAGGACACAUAAAUAAUAACAAUCAAAAUUGGGAUUUUGAGAAAAUCUGAAAAAGUAAUUAAUAUGACUUCAGCAUAUGUAUUUUGAAAUACAUUUCAGAAUUAAAUUGUUUAAAAGCAUAUAGUAUUGUUCAAAGCCCAAAUAUAUGAUUCAACUCAUUGUUGUUUGUAAACUACAGCCGUUUCUGUAUCGUACAAUAGUUCAUCUUUGGUCAAGUCAUGUGAAUGUUCAAAGGAUCAGAUCUUUUAUUUAUUUUAUUUUAUUUAACUUUUAUUUAACUAGGCAAGUCAGUUAAGAACACAUUUUUAUUUACCAUGACAGCCUACCCCCAGCCAAACCCUAACCGGGAUGACACUGGGCCAAUUGUGUGCCGCCCUAUGGGACUCGCAAUCACAACCAGUUGUGAUACAGCCUGGAAUCGAACCAGGGUCUGUAGUGACACCUCUAGCACUGAGAUGCAGUGCCUUAGACUGCUGCGCCACUCGGGAGCCCCGUCUUAAUAAUGUUUGGUAUAUAGAUUUUCUGGACCAAUAUAUAAAUCUAAAAACAAUAUCUAAAGAAAUCCCAGUGGUGAAAAAAGUACUCAAUUGUCAUACUUGAGUAAAAGUAAAGAUACCUUCAUAGAAAAUGACUCAAGUAAAAGUGAAAGUCGCCCAGUAAAAUCCUAUUUGAGUAAAAGUCUAAAAGUAUUUGGUUUUAAAUAUACUUAAGUAUCAAAAGUAAAUGGAAUUGCUAAAAUAUACUUAUGUAUCAAAAGUAAAAGUAUAAAUAAUUUCAAAUUCCUUCUAUUAAGCAAACCAGAUAGCACCAUUUUAUUGUUUUAAAAAAAAGUAUGUGUUUAGUGAGUCUGCCAGAUCAGAGGCAGUCGGGAUGACCAGGGACAUUCUCUUGAUGUGUGUGAAUUAGACCAUUUUCCUCUCUUGCUAAGCAUUAAAAUGUAACGAGUACUUUUGGGUGUCAGGGAAAAUGUAUGGAGUAAAACGUACAUUAUUUUCUUUAGGAAUGUAGUGAAGUAAAAGUAAAAGUUAUCAAAACUAUAAAUAGUGAAGUAAUGUACAGAUACUUCCCAAAACGACUUAAGUAGUACUUUCAAGUAUUUUUACUUAAGUACUUUACACCACUGAGAAAUCCACAUAACACUCACACACAGUAGAUUAUACAGUGUAAGCAAAUCCAAUGCAGAUUGUGGCAUGCUACAGCAUUCUUCCUCUUUCUCUUCAUUGCUCACAAGCACACGUGUACACACACCUAUUACAGACAUGGCUGUGGAAUGUGUUUCCAAACGUAUUUAUGAAACCUUUCUGUUUUCACAAUUACGUUCAAAUCAGCAUUGAAAAAAGCCGAAAAUAUACGUGUUUCUGCUUGAGUCUGAGAACACUAUGUUGACACACCAAAUGUGUUAGAUGGAUCGCGGUAAAAGAGCAGGCAUAGGCUUUUGUAGGCUACAGUGCAAGCAAACUACGUCUUCCAAUGGUGCUACUGCUGUCGCCAUCCAAAGAUUAUAUCAUUUAAAUAAGCACUUGGCGGUAUGGAAGACAGCAGUGGUGUAGCCUACAGGCCAUACCGAAAUCACUUAUUAUUGUUAUCUACGUAGUGCAUUGAAGUGAAUCACACUGCUGCUCUCUCAUUUCGCUAUUUGCCUUACGGAUUGUGGUUGUUGUGGAUGUCUGUUCACACGUGUAUAUGUGUAUUUUAACCCAAUAAUGGUGGAAUUGAAGAAGUCUAAGUUGCCUAUCAAUCAUUGUUUUUGCGACCAGUUGACAGCCAGUGAAAAAUGCGUUCUUGCAACAGCUGCAUAUAUAGUGCAGAUCCCAGCCAAUGGAAUACAAGUUUAAAGGAGUUCCUCCCUUCUAAACUCGAGUUGAAUUGAAGGAGACCACAAAUGGGGAUUUUAUUGCACAAUAUAAUUCGUGUUGAUAAAAAAAACAUGUCCAUAGGUCAAAUGAACACAUGCUCACACUAGUACACUUUUAGUAGAUUUAAUUAAAUUAAACAGCUGCAAAUGAUCGAAAUAUCAAAGUGCCACCAACAAAAACGUAAAUAAUAGGCCUUUAAAUGCAGCAUAUGCAUUCAUUUUUCGGUAGUGCUCAAAGCAUGCGAUUUCAUGAGAGCAGCAUUUAUUUUUAAAUUCGAAGCAACGAGCCCAAUCAGUCCUCCAUGACAACAAAAUCCUAAUCAACAGGUCCUUCGUUUUUGGGUUAUGCUCAGGUAAAACAAUUUGGCUCAUCUAUAUUUCCAUAUAUCCAAGUCCUAUUCUUGAAGAUGAAGGGGUAUUAAGAUAAUUGGAAUGACUGAAAAUCUGACAGACUUUGGUUUUAAAUGUAAAGAUUUAGCGAAAUCGUAUUAUUAUCUGUAUUACAGUAGAAAGCAAUGUGUUAGAAGAAGCCUACAUAACCAACCCAUAAAGUAAAAUUUAACAUCCAUAUAUGGUGGGCUAUUUAAACUCUAACAUUGAUUUAUCCUGCAAUAGAUGUCAUUCAAUUGGUAAUAUUCAUUUGUUGUCUUCUUCUAGUGCUGCUUAAGGGGAAAGUAAACUGAAAGUAACUGAAAGUAAUCAGAUUACUUUACUGAGUUGGGGUAAUCCAAAAGUUACCUUACAAAUUAAAGUGUUUGGACAGGUAACUACUAACUGUAACAAACUACAUUUAGAAAGUAACCUACCCAACCCUGACGUCAACAUACAGUAUGUCUCAUUUCACACAAAGGAAGUUAAUAGUCCAGAGGUGGAAAACUUUACCAGGUUACAAGCUUAGUUGAGUUAUGUCAUUGUUGUUUCAGUAUUUCAGAGCAAUAUUACACUCAAUAUUAUUCAUGUUAUUAUUAUUAUAAUCAUUAUUUAAAUGGUUUCCUGUAUUUUUGUACAAUGGCAUUAUUCUGUGUAGGAAUGAAGUAUUUCUAAAUAUACAAUGGAUUGCUUAUUCUUUCUAAGGUUGACCCCAUAACCCUUGCUUCACCUCUGCUGGGUUGGGAGUCCUAUAUUUCACCAUUAUAGGGGUGCAUUUAAAUCCGUCAUCUGCAUUGACCUGAAACAGGAAAGAAAACACAAGAAAGUGGGAUUUUGCUUUUGCAUGUCCACUUCUUUCAGAUCAAUGCAGAAAUAGAGGCGAGAGUUGCAAAUUAAGACUAUUGUAAAUUUCCCCAUGGAGACAGUCCUUUUCAGCUAGAGCCGUUUUACAGGUACUCAUCCUUGUGUUAUUGUGCUCCCUACAGGUUGGAUAUAUAAGUACAGGAACAUGGAGCGAAAGGUGUUCAGUUCACACUAUUCAUCUCAAGAGGGCAUCACACUCCUUCACACUUUUCAUCAAUGGUCUCAGAGUGUGUGAUCAUUAUUAGGUUGACGAUCUCUCAACACAAGUGUUCAUUGAUAUUGUUCUCAGGAAAAGAAUGGGCAAUAAACAACACCAAAAACAUAUAUGGAGCCAUGCUUCAUUUAAUAAAUUAGACCACAAAACUUGAUGACAAGUCACUUGACGUCGCCAUGACUCUGAACUGUUGUCGGAACCGAUCUUGUUUAACCUCGAUCAGCUUUAAAUGUGUGCUUUCCGGAACUUGCUUGUUAUGUCAUUCACACACUACUCAUGAAGUGCAUUUAGUUAAACAUAUUUCAGGAAACAAUGUGUGCUGUUUAGCUGAUUUAAUUCCGCACAACACUAAUGAUGUAUAUUUUUCAA